GACGCGAAAAUGACUCUAAAACAACACAUUUUCACGUAAUAAACCCGGGGGAAAGAACAUUUAAAAGGAAUAUUAUCAUGAAAACGGCCUUAUUUCUCGCGUGGUGGCAUCUAGCACAGGCAACUCCAAGGACGGGCAUCAAGGACCGAAGAGCCUGUGACUCGUACGUUCAUGACGCGUACGUUCCUGACACACCACGUGAAGACACCACGUCCACUUGCCUUGUGUGAACUUAGCUCUUUGUGCUAAUUUGACACAAUGAACGCAGCCUUGGAAAACGAGAUCACGUGCGGCGUGUGCAGUGAGGUCUAUUCGCCAGAGUCCGGUCGGGAGCCUGUGAUGCUACCCGAAUGCGGUCACACCUUCUGCAGGGAGUGCCUCCUCAACCUUCAGUCUACGUCUCUCGUUUGCCCGAACUGCAGGCAAAGCCACUGCAGGGUGUGCGUUGAGGACUUGCCUGUGAAUUUCGCUCAGCUGGGCAUAGCUAUAGCGUUGUCGAAUAUUCAGAAAAGCAAAGAACAAGGGCAGUGCAGCAAACACAGCCUCCCACUAGACCUGUGGUGUUCAGUUUCCCAGAAAGAGAUAUGUGCGAUGUGCUACUUCGAGGAGACGAAACAGACACAGCAGCGGGUUCUAACGCUGGCUGAAAGGAGGCAGUUCACCGUGGACGCCAUCAGACAGAAGUCGCUUAUCCUGAGCCAGCUGUACACGACGCUAAAACACUGCCUAACCAGUGACAGCGAAAACACGUGUCAAAACAGUUACGCCAAGAAACUCAACGAUAUUCUCCGAGGGGAGGAACUUGGCAUUCUUCCUUCUUCAAGCAUCGACAAAAAACUAGACGGACUGAAGAAGAUGAUUUUUCCCACCGACCGAGAGAGGAGAAGCGGCUCCGGCAGCGGCAAGGAAAGCAGACAGGAAGCAGAGAGGCCUGAUAAGAUGAAGCUUCGGUGUGUAGCCAGGUGCGACAAGGGGAGGAAAGCGCGGCUGACGUGGGAGGAAGAUCAGCUUCAUAUCUACGGACUCUGUGUGGACCCCGAGGAGGCGCACAUCACGCUGAACAUGAGCGACGUCCGCCUCCUCGUCCCUCAGGAGAACCCCACAGUGUUCCUGGACGUGGCCGACCGGGACGGACCCAUCGGCCGCAUCAACAUCAAGGUGUGGACGCACCUCCGCCGCGGCCAGCAGUUCCUCGCGCUGUGCCAGGGACACCUGGGGCCGACGCUGAAGGGCUCGGCGUUCCUGGACGUCACCGAGACCGCCGGGAUCGACUGCCUUCGCGCGGGACGCUACCUGACGGAGAACGGCACGAGCUCCCACGCCCUGAUGGAUCGCCUGGAGUGGAACGAGGGUCAUGAGCGGCCGGGACGCAAGGGCCUGGUGGCUGGCUGGAGCUUCAGGAAGGCGGAGGACGAGACCCUGUUCGGCAUAGCGCUGGGGGAGUGCCAGGUCAAGUUCUGCUGUCCUUUCGGCGAGGUUGUGUCCGGCUUGUCCUUCGUCGAGGACAUCGCCUAUAACCGCACGGUGAGGGACGUGACCAUUGUGGAGGUGGGGACGGCCGUGCGCGACUUUGCGGCGAACUGAAACGGAGGCGAAGUGUGUGGGACCAGUGUGUGGGAAGGAGAGAAAGGCGGGGCUUCUUGUGGCUUCUUUUUUAUUGCUGUUCUUUCUCAUUUAUGAUAAAGUGGUUUCAGGAAUGAAUUCAUUUAAAAUGUUUUUUUUUGUCCAGUUUUCUCUUUUGCAUUGCAUUAGCUUUAUGAUUAAUGUGAAUAUAUGAAUUUUAUACAGUAUGUAUAUAUAUAUAUAUAUAUAUAUAUAUAUAUAUAUAUAUAUAUAUAUAUAUAUAUAUACAUAUAUACAGAAAUGAGAUCUGCCUGCCUACAAAGUGACUUCGAAAUUUGAUUUUAGAAUAUUUUAUUUUUAGAUACAAAUGUAAAUAUAACAAAUAAACGUGUAUAAUAUUC